AUGCUCGGCCUCCGGCUCGUGAGCUCCGUCGCCACCAUGCUCGUGGCCACAAUGCUUGGUCUCCGGUCGACGGACGAGGUAGCUCUCACUGGGCCAAAGGUUGAGCUGAGGAAAUUCGCACGGCGCUUCUCGUCGAGCGUCAAGGUGAACGGUGACAUCGAUGUCCGCAGAUUUGUGUCUGCCGGGGAGGAGUUCUCUCACGCGGUCGAGCGGUUCGGCGACUUUACCAGGAGAGGCGUCGUUGACGCGCGGAAGAACCUGAAGCGAGUCGAGAAGGCCGCAGGCGGCCGGGUAGUAUCGAUGCAGGUGCUGCUGCGGGACGAGCUGCGUCGCGGCUCGCGGCACCCGAACGGGGGGCCAGCGCGGUCUACGGGGGCGGAGGCGCUGCUCUGGUCGCGGCUGUCGGUCUCGUUUUGGGUCGAGAUCUUCAAGGAGCACCUGCGGGGCAAGACGUCGCUGCCCGAUGCGACGCGGAGCGGGUUUGAGCGCUCGCUCGCCCGGUACCUCGACCGCUUCUCCCGCGCCGCCUUUGCCGCCGGGCUGCGGCAGAGCACCCCCGACUGGGAGGAGGUGCGCCGGCAUACGCACCUCGGCUGCGAGAACGGGCAGUGCUCGGACGAGACUCUGGCGGCGGAGCUGAAGGCGUUCGUGCGCGAGGUGGAGCCGGUGCUCGACCGCAUGGCGCGGCUGCAGAAGCAGGACUUGAUCCAGGACACGGCCAUGUGGCGACUGGCCUUUGGCGUGGCGACUCAGUGCGACUCGUCCAUCUUCGAGACCGCGCCUGCCAACUUCCCCUGCUACGACAUGGCGUCGAGCCUCUUGGGCGACUUCCACGCCGACGGCGAGGUGAACCUGUUUGACCUCUCGCUGCAGAUCCGUAUGCUCUUUGGCGGGAUUGACAAGGCCGAGAGCUACAUGCUCAUCAGCAACACUGCCCUCUGGGCGUACGAGAGUCAGAGUGAGUGCUCACGGCGGCGCGACCGGCAGAUGACGGCCUCGAUCAUCAAGUCGUGGGCGGUCACGUGCCCAGAGUCUCUGAGCAGCUGCUACUACGACUGCAACGAUGAGCCGGCGUGCCUGGUCUCGCUGGAGCCCGUGCACGAGGCCACACUUGAGCAAGGCUCGUGGUGGAGCGUGCCGCUCCUGCCAACCCCUUGGUCUCGUACUUCGUGCCCAAUGGCGUGA